CUGAAGAGGAUGGCAAACACCACGAGGAAGCUCUGCAACGGUGCCUCAUGUCCUACCCAAAUCACUCCAGUCCCUUGCCCUUCAUCCUGGCAGGCAUCCCUGGGCUGGAGGAUGUUCAGUUCUGGAUUGCCUUCCCAUUCUGCGCCAUGUACUUCAUGGCAGUGCUGGGGAACAUCACACUCCUCCUAGUGAUUAGGAUGGAGACAAGCCUACACCUGCCCAUGUUUUACUUCGUCUCCAUGCUGGCUGCCACUGACCUCGUGAUCACCACUUCCACCAUGCCCAAGCUCCUGAGCAUCUUCUGGUUCCGAUUCCACGAGAUCGACUUUGAGGGCUGUGUGGCCCAGAUGUUCUUCAUCCACAGCUUCUCCAUGGUGGAGUCAGGGGUCCUGCUCACCAUGGCCUUCGACCGGUACCUGGCCAUCUGCAAGCCCUUGCACUACUCUGCCAUCCUGACUGGCCCCACCAUCGCCAAGCUGGGCUUGGCUUCCGCGGUGCGUGGCAUCACCAUCGUCACCCCUGGGAUUUGCAUGCUGACUGCUCUGUCCUACUGCGGCCCCCGUGUCAUUCACCACUCCUACUGCGAGCACAUGUCGGUGGUGAAGCUGGCCUGUGGGGACACCCGGCCCAACAGCAUCUACGGGCUCACGGCUGCCACCGCCGUGGUGGGCUCAGACUCCAUCCUCAUCGCCGUCUCCUACGUGCUGAUCCUGAGGGAGGUCAUAGGCCUCUCCUCCAGAGAGGCUCGGCUGAAGUCCUUCGGCACCUGUGGCUCCCACAUCGGCGUCAUCCUGCUCUUCUAUGUGCCUGCGCUCUUCUCCUUCUACACUCAGCGCUGGGGCCAGAGCAUCCCCGCACACAUCCACAUCCUGAUGGCCGACCUCUACGUGCUGGUGCCUCCCACGCUCAACCCGCUCAUCUACGGGAUGAAGACGGAGUCGAUCCGGGAGCGGGUGCUGAGCCUGCUCUGUCAGAAAGGGAGCCAGCCCAGGUCCUGACCCCAGCCCAUCGCUAGUGCCAGGUGGCAAGGAAUAGGGUUCGGACCGGGGAACAACAGCAGCGUGUUCGGGGAGCAAAGAAAAAGCUUAAAAAGCUGUCUACUGGAAAAACGGGAUGAUCCCUUCAUCGUCUUGGCCAAGCCCUGAAAGCUGGAGGCACUGUGGAAAAUUUGACUGGUGAAACAUUAUUUUUAGAAAAUGAAUUCUACAUUCCUGUUUAGAAUGGAAAUGUAAUCGUGUCAAACUGUAUCUGUGUCUUUGUUCCUCCUCGGAUCUGUAUCACCUCAUGACUCCCCUCUUCAUCUCAGCUCUUGAAAAAAGACUUGUUACCACUUUGGAAAUGAAAGUCUGUUCAUGGAUUCAUCCUCCCCACAUACCUUUUUCACCCAGUCUGUAACUCUCCAUUUAUUCA